UAUAAUAACCCCGGUCGGGACAGUGGGGCCAUCGCUGUGACUUACUCACAGGACGUGCUUAGGCAGCAAUGUCCGGCCGGGGCAAAGGCGGGAAGGGCUUGGGCAAAGGGGGCGCCAAGCGCCACCGCAAGGUGCUGCGCGACAACAUCCAGGGCAUCACCAAGCCCGCCAUCCGGCGGCUGGCCCGGCGCGGCGGCGUCAAGCGCAUCUCCGGCCUCAUCUACGAGGAGACCCGCGGGGUGCUCAAGGUGUUCCUGGAGAACGUGAUCCGGGACGCCGUCACCUACACGGAGCACGCCAAGCGCAAGACGGUCACGGCCAUGGACGUGGUGUACGCGCUCAAGCGCCAGGGCCGCACCCUCUACGGCUUUGGGGGCUGAGCGCCCGGGACCCACCACGACCUCCCCAAGCACAGAAAAGGCCCUUUUCAGGGCCCCCAUCCUCUCAGCGAAGGAGCCGUGACGCGGUUUUCGCUUUGUGUUUAAUGGUUUGGUUGUGUUAACUCCUAUUCUGGCCUUUGCACUCCUAUUCCUUACGUGUCCAGACUAGGAAAGUCUUACUGCCAACUGCCC